GCUCGGCGCCGUCCUCCCAGGAGCGGGGCAGUCCCGUGUCGGCCGUGUCGGGCCCGGCUCGGCGCCGCUCCCGCUCGGGCUCGGAGUCGUCCGGCUCGGAGGGCGCCGCCGCCCGGCUGGCGCAGGCGUUUGGCCUGCUGGACGACGAUGAGGACGAGGACAUCACGCCAUCGCAGGCCGUGUCGGGCCCGGACGUGCCGGCCGUCAUGCUGUCGUUCUUCCGCUCCCGGCCGGAGCUGCACCGCCAGAUCCUCACGUAUGAGCCCGUCUGGCUGGAGAAGCUGCACCAGCAGCUGAAGGCAGCCGGCGUCAAACUCAAGCUCGCACAGCUGAUGGACUACCUGGACGAGCAGUGCGUGACAUUUCGAACAGAGAGCAGCGGUGCCCGACGGAAGAGGAGAUCCCCGAAGAAAGCGUCGCCUAAAAAGCGGGCGCCCACUCAGAAGAAAAAAUCACCAAAGAAAACGGCCAAUUAGAUCGAGAAACUGCCGUUUUCGUAACAGUGAUACCUUACAGAGUCAGUAGUUUGUAGAGGAAGUCACGGUUGUCGCUUGAGCUGUCACCAUGACCGUGUGCGGUGUCUCCUGCUUCCUCUCGUAUGCAUAUGUCACGUUGUCCCCUGCCUUGGUGUGUGCGGGCGUGUGUGUGAGCGUGCGUGUGUGCUCAAGUGACUUAAUUGACGAUAAUACAGAGCGUGAACCGCC